CCCGGACGCGCGCCCGGGCGGCGGGGGCUCGGCGGCCACCGCUGCCUCGGGGGAGCGAGGGCGGGAGGGCGUGUGCGCGCCGUGAGCAGGGGCUGCCGGCGGGGCUGCAGCGGAGCCACGGUGGAAGAAUGACUCUGGAGUCCAUCAUGGCGUGCUGCCUGAGCGAAGAGGCCAAGGAAGCCCGGCGGAUCAACGACGAGAUCGAGCGGCAGCUCCGCAGGGACAAGCGGGACGCCCGCCGGGAGCUCAAGCUGCUGCUGCUCGGGACAGGAGAGAGUGGCAAGAGUACGUUUAUCAAGCAGAUGAGAAUCAUCCACGGGUCGGGAUACUCUGAUGAAGACAAAAGGGGCUUCACCAAGCUGGUGUAUCAGAACAUCUUCACGGCCAUGCAGGCCAUGAUCAGAGCCAUGGACACACUCAAGAUCCCAUACAAGUAUGAGCACAAUAAGACCAUCCUUUACCCAGGGCAAUGCUGUGUCAUCUUGGUCACAAAUCAGGCUCAUGCACAAUUAGUUCGAGAAGUUGAUGUGGAGAAGGUGUCUGCUUUUGAGAAUCCAUACGUAGAUGCAAUAAAGAGCUUAUGGAAUGAUCCUGGAAUCCAGGAAUGCUAUGAUAGACGACGAGAAUAUCAGUUAUCUGACUCUACCAAAUACUAUCUUAAUGACUUGGACCGCGUAGCCGACCCUGCCUACCUGCCUACGCAACAAGAUGUGCUUAGAGUUCGAGUCCCCACCACAGGGAUCAUCGAAUACCCCUUUGACUUACAAAGUGUCAUUUUCAGAAUGGUCGAUGUAGGGGGCCAAAGGUCAGAGAGAAGAAAAUGGAUACACUGCUUUGAAAAUGUCACCUCUAUCAUGUUUCUAGUAGCGCUUAGUGAAUAUGAUCAAGUUCUCGUGGAGUCAGACAAUGAGAACCGAAUGGAAGAAAGCAAAGCACUCUUUAGAACAAUUAUCACAUAUCCCUGGUUCCAGAACUCCUCAGUUAUUCUGUUCUUAAACAAGAAAGACCUUCUAGAGGAGAAAAUUAUGUAUUCCCAUCUAGUUGACUACUUCCCAGAAUAUGAUGGACCCCAGAGAGAUGCCCAAGCAGCUCGAGAAUUUAUCCUAAAGAUGUUCGUGGACCUGAACCCAGACAGUGACAAAAUUAUCUACUCCCACUUCACAUGCGCCACAGACACCGAGAACAUCCGCUUUGUCUUUGCUGCCGUCAAGGACACCAUCCUGCAGUUGAACCUGAAGGAGUACAAUCUGGUCUAAUUGUGCCUCCUCCACACCCGCCCUGCCCUUCCCUGGUGGGCUGUCGAAGAUACACAAGAGGGACUGUAUUUCUGUGGAAAACAAUUUGCAUAAUACUAAUUUAUUGCCGUCCUGGACUCUGUGAGCGUGUCCACAGAGUUCGUAGUAAAUAUUAUGAUUUUAUUUAAACUAUUCAGAGGAUGCUGAAGUACAGUCCCAGCACAUUUCCUCUCUUUUUUUUUUUUUUUAGGCAAAACCUUGUCACUCAAUAUAUUUUAAAUUCUCAGUAAUACAUUCACAAAGAUGAGUUGUUUCUCCUUUUCUCUCUCUCUCUCUCUCUCUCUCUCUCUUUCUUUUCCGUUGAGCAAAACAAAGCUGAUUGCCCUUUUUCCUAAUCCAUACCUCCCUCCUGAUUUUUCCCAGGUUACGACGGUCUUUAUCCUAGUUCCAUUCUUGGUCAGGUUUUUCUCUUGAAUGAUACAGUCAGGACAACGUCAUUCGAUUUAAGCCAUCAUGCAUCAGCUUAAUUUAACAGUUUGUAGUUUUUGCUGAAGGAUUAUAUGUAUUAAUACUGUGGUUUAAAAUGUAUUGCUCUGGAUACACACAUAGAGUUUCUUCUUUAAUAUAUAUAUCGUCUUGUCUCACUUUGGGCUGGGACAGUGGAUGCCCAUUUAAUGGUUAAAUGUCAUUUCUUUUGGAUUUUUGCCUUCAGCCACACCUUGAUUGCUCAGAGAAAUACACAGAAGUUAGUAAAUCAAGGGCAAAGAGACACAUAAGGAGUCCUUUCUUAUGAAAUGCAUGUGCCGUUGUCCUUCCUCCCUUCUUCCUUUUUCUUUUAUUGUUUUCCCCACUCUCUCUUUAAAUUGCAGAUGCCAAAAAAAAAAACAACAACAACAAAAAAAAAACAUGCCAACAGACACUACAUUACUGCAAUGGCUGCUACCCAGAACCUGGUCUUAGGUUGUUCUUAGUUUUGUUUUGGGUUUUUUUGGUUCAAAUUUUUUCUCCCUCUUUUUUCCCCUUAGUGUUUGGGCAACAAUUUAAAAAUUACUUUUAUUAUGGGAAUGUGUUGCCAAAGCUGGCUUUUUGUAAAACAAAAUUAAGAAGAAAAACUUAAAAAAUAGAAGCCACUAUCUUCAAAUGUAAGAGAGUUAAGACUGUAAAGCCUAAAAUGACAGGCUGAGAAUGAACCUGAAAUACCAGUUGCCAAACAAUUGGUAACUGUAAAUUUGAUUCUCACGGUCUAUUACUUUCUUUGCCCGUAAGAUCACAUUGUUUAAUUGAAGUCCAUGUCCCACGUUGAGUGUCCAAAUCAGCAGUGUAGAAAAGCAUCCUGUGUGGUUUAACAUGAAAUCUGCUUGUGUCUCUUUUUUUGAAGCUAGUUCUUCUUCUUUAAGUUCAAAGUAAGUCUGCCAAGAAAGUUGGUUGAUAGUAUUAUUCUGACACCCAUAAUGUGCAAAAUCUGAAGUUACGACUAGUUUACCAUCUUCAGGAUCUUCUUGAACUGGUGACUGGUUAGGUUGAACUUAAGGAAGAUUUGUGGACUUAACUCCAAAGUAACCUCUCAGUGUACUAUAGAACAUGUAUUUAUGUAACUGAACCUACUAGGAGAGACGUUUGGGAUUCUAUAUGUGCAAUUUUUCAACAAAUGCAAAAAAUAAAUAAAUAAAUAAAUGUAUUGAUGAGCUGUCAAGCAGCUUGAGUUGAAAUGUGAUUUAAAGAAAUAAAUCAUAUUGCUUUAAAGCUGCUGGGAAGUCUGAAUUAGGCCAUGAUGCUGGUCUCAUUUUAACUACAGUACUAAUUGGCAUUAGUCUAAACUUCCAUAUAAAUUACUCUUUUGAAACAACCAGGGAGAGAGAGAAAAUUAACACCUUAUUUGAGUACCAAAAUUACCAAAUAGUAAUGUUCUCAUUCUUUACUCUCCCAACCUCAAACAACACAGGUUACUUUUUUUCCCCCUUGCUCAAAAAGCACCUGUAAUUUAAUUAGCAGACUGCCUAUAGGUAUAGUGCAAUUACAGAUGCUCUAAUCAUUGUACAUACAUCUCUCUUGAUAUUGCAGCGUCUCGUACUGGCUUUGUAAAAUCAUUAAUUUUUUGGCAGAUUGAAUGUGCUGUAUUGAUAUGUAUCUAUGUAAUUGUAUUGUAUGUCUUAUAGCUAAUUCACAUUUUGAAUAAUGUUAUUUUAUUUACUUUUUUAAGAGAGGAGAAUGUAAAUUUGUCAGUUUAUUUCUGACUAGGGAUUUUUUUUUCCAUUUAGAAAAGAAGAAAAAAAAAACCUUACUGUCGUACAGAGCGGUACUAGCAUCGUGCUGUAUAAAAUCAUUUGCACAUUCCUAAGUAGAGGUAUACUGAUUAUAAGACCCAAAGGUAAUUUCAUAGCAAAAUACAUAAAAUCAGUCGGAGCUUUUAUACAAACAUGGAAACCAACUUUGUAGAACUUUUGCCAUUUGAUCUAGGAUUGGAAUAUGAGCUUUUAUACAAUUCAUAUUCUUAUUUGGCAAAUGCACAGUUUAGUAUUACCUCUCUGAUGGCCUUUAUUAGAAAGGCAGUUUUAGAAGCUAUUGUGAUCCAUUAAGGAAAUGUUUUAACAGCUAGAGACCACUGCUUGCCUGAAAGGGCAAUCUUAAAUUUGGUGCAGCAAAAAAAAAAAAAAAAAAAAAAAAAAAGGUAAACAACAUUUGAAGGCCUGCAGUGUGUAUAGAGAAAACCUCAUCACAAGAUCAUAAGUGUUACAGUUUUAAGGAAUCAAGAUAUUCUAUUUAAUUAAAGUUAUAGUAGAUGUAGUCAAUUAAACCUGAUUUCAGAGCUCAAAGAAGCUGAGCAAAACAGGGAAAGAUUGUUAUAUUUGUCUUUAUGAAAUUGAGAUGGAAUUUGCUAUGCAGAAUUGAGGUUUGCAGCUUCACUGUUCAUCCUAGGGUGCAUGACAAGAUCCCUUCUCUUGAGAAAGGAAAAAAUUGAUCACCCUAGCUGCAGCGAUGCGUUGAAACCUAUUUGUAUCCACACUAGUCAAUCGAAGCUAAAGGAUUUUCUCUUUUGUUUCUUUAGGGUUUUAUUGAAGGGGCUAGGGGCGGGAAGGGAUUCUUUUCAGUUUUGUAUAAAAACAAAGUUUACUCAUGCUUUAUAUUAUAUUGUGAUUGCAAGCAUUAUAAGCGUGUGCCACUGGACUCCUAUUGUUGAUGCUCUAGGUAAUGGAGGCCUGUGGUGAAUUUUACGGUGACUUGGGCAUGUCUUAUUCAAAAACAAAAACACACAACUCAGAAACCUUUCUGCAGCAUACCAAGGCAAGCAGCCAUUUCAUGACUCACUUAACACAUUGCAGUGUACCAGUUUACAGAUGAUUUUUCCCUUUUUGCGUGACAUAGCGGUUCCAACCCACAGAGAAUUCCUUAUUUGUAAAUUGGAAGUUUUUACUAUGCCUUACAGAGCUUAAAUUCAAAAGUUUGUGCCUCAUAUCUGAAACAAAGGGAAAUAACACACCCAUUGAAAAGUAAAUAAAUCCCCUAGAAGUUGUUUUGUUUUGUUUUUAACUUUUCCAUGUAAGAGCUCUGUUGAAUGUCAUGAACAGACUGGGGAAAAAGAAAUCUUAUGAACCUGCACAUGUUGUUUACUAGCAGAUGACAUCCACAAAAGGUAUUUGAAGAACACCUGAAACUUGUAUUUUUUUUUUUUCCGUAGGUUAACUAGCAGGCCUAAUAUUUUAAAAAGAUAAUUCAGCUAAAGGGCAAUUUACUUUUUGUACUUUAUACUAUCUUGAUUGUUAAGGUGUACGAACUGUAAUUUUAAAAUUUAUACUGCCACAUGAUUGUAAAUUUUAGUUGUCUUAAGUUAGGAAUUGGUGAAAAGCUAUUUACUCUGGAUUUGGGUCAAAAUGACUUUAUUAUUUGCAAAAAAUAAAUAAAUAAAUAAAUAAAUAAUGGGAAGAAAGGGCUGCAUAAUACGAUACUGCAAGACUCAGAUAUUGGUUGGAAACUCCCCUCAAAUCACCUUCAGAUCACCCUCGGUCUCCCUUUGUUUUCAGUUUCUCAAAAAGAAUGAAGUAUAGCAGAAUGUUAACCCAUCUAAAAAUAAAGUGUACCCAAAUAUUGUAAUGUAUAUUGCUGCUCUUCUUAAAAUUAAAUAAGGGUUUAAAAUCACUUAAUUGGUAAUUAACAACAUCUCAAUUGGUACAAAUAAGGUGUGCUUGGUAUACAUUCAUGUUUUCUUCCAAAGAUAUAUCUUUGGUUAGAAACACACACAAAAUUAAAACUAGUAAUGUUGUAUAUCUAUCUCGACAUAUUUCCAGCAUAUGUAGCGUUAAUAGAUCUAUCCUGGUAACUGUGUCCUUGGGAUUUCAUUUUGGUUCCAUCAAGUUAGGAAAAGAAGUGGCUUAGCUGUACACGAUUAACCAGAGAUUUUUGGAGCCAGACACCUGCUGUUUAGUAGAUUACUUAGUACAGAGUCUAAACUUGUCAUUUGUUUCUCUCACAGAAUAACAAACCAUUUUCUGCUGUCUUACCAACUACCACUGCCCUCUCAUAACACUCUUGCCUCUAGAAUCGUAUGUUCAAAGUCUGCGUACACACCUAGCACAGAGUAGGUGCUCAGAUAUUAAUUUCCUUACCUUCUUUAUCUCCCAUGUAUCUGCCGUUUCCCCAUAUAAUUCCAACCCGGUAGUAAAUGACAUUUACAUAUUAUGAAAACAUCUAUUGGAUAAAAUUGGAUCUUACUUGGAUAAAGGAAUCCUGACUUUCAUAUGAGCUUUUGAAAGACAGAAAAAAAUAACAGGGAGGAAGGUAUUCUUCAGUAGAAUAUUUUCAAGUUUUAAGAAAGAAAGAUGAAAAAUAACUAUGUAACUUUGUCCAGGUUACUUUGACGGAAACACACGUUUUUGGUAGAUUUCUUUUCCUCAAAGAACUCUCUAAAUGCAACUUCUUGCUGGAUUCCUUACCCAUCAUCAUGUUGGAAACCUUUAUUAGACCUAUGUAUUUAGGGAGUUUUGUCAGAAAACAUUUUUAACUUGCAGUAUUUAAAAGAAUCAUAUUUAUGUUCUUAAAAUGUCAUUCAAAUGCAUGUAUUGUCUAUUGUUUGGGGAUGGGGACUAGUUUUGCAAAAAACACCUAAUGUUGUAUAAUAAUGCCCCAAUGAUCUUGCUGGUUAAAAAUACAGUAUUUUUGGCCAUAA